AUGGCAGAGUCCCUAGCUACACACAACGAGGCAUUGGAGACUCAAAUCUCCCUACUUGCACAAACACAUCUAGGAACCUCCCUUGAGAAAUAUGUAAAUAUUGUAAUAACCAGUACUAAAAAACAAAUCGAAAAUCCUAAGGAGAGUGAUAAUGAGGUUGAGAAGAGUUAUGGUAAGAAAGGAGUAGUGAUUAAGAAAAAUCCACUGACACCAACCAAAUGGGAGGUUGUCAAAGAGGUAGAGAAGGAAGCACCUUAUGUUGUUCCUCAUCCCUAUAACCCACCUAUUCCUUUCCCACAUAGGUUUAUGGAAGCUAAGGUAGACUCCCAAUCCAAAAGGUAUGUUGAGGUAUUGGAAGAUAUCCAUACAAAUACAUCUUUGUCUAAGGGCCUGCACGAAAAGAGAAAAUUAGAGGACCAUGAAACUAGGGAACUCAUUAGUGUUAAAAGGGGAAGGUUAAACUUUGACGUGGUGGAUGAAAGAAUUGAAGCCAAACCUGAAAAGUUGAUACUCAAGAUAGAGCAAGAACCACCCCCCACAAAUUAA